CAGUUGUCAAAAGUAGGUUAUACUUUAUGAUAUGCAUCAUAUGGACACUCUCGAAUGAUAUCAGGCGUAUUUAUCAACAUAUCAUAGAGAGGAAAUUGCGUCGUUAUAAUAACUGUUUAGACAAAAAUGGCGAUUUUAUACAAGUGAUAUGAGAUUGUUUGACAGUCAAAUCAAACGUAUAAUGUAGACAAGGAAAGAGGAUAUAAAACUCAUGUUUGUGAUAUAUGGUUUAUCAGUUCAAUGAGUUUUUCAGUUAUUUCGUGUCUUGGUAAUAUUCGGGGUCACCUCGAAUUGGAUAGCAGUUAUAUGUGCAGGUGCGAUCUCAUACCAAUGAAAGUACCAAAAUGGUGCCCACUCGAUGCCCAUGACGCCACCUCAGAGUUAGCAAGUACCGCCUGUUCUAAAAAUAACUUAUGUUUAUUUAUUACAACCGCCAAAUGAUUGGUAUGUGAACGGAGAACACCCGAAAGUCAUGGCUUUGAAGGCGUGUUUUGUGGCGCUUUGUGUUGCUACGCUGGUCCCCACCCUAGUGCCUAGUGCAGUGAUUUGGGAUUAUGAUUGUCUACCAACAGAUUGUUCACAAGGUAAAAGGAAUUAUCCUGGAGAUGAGAAAUUUGUAUGCAGCAUCGGGCACCAAAACGAAUGUGACAUAGCAAAGUACAUUAAAAACCCAGGGACAACAACAAAUCUAAAUUUUGCCAAACUCAGCCAUGUUGAAUUGUACUCUCGAACCCACGACAAGUUCAAGGGUCCAUAUCGAGCUUUAAAUAUAUCAUUCACACUCCCGAAUUAUGACAAUCGUGCAUUAGAUGCAAUUAUGAUAUUGGCCCACUUUUGGAGUCCACCUGGAAGGCAUAUGGAAAUCUUUUACAAUAAAAACCCGAGGUGCCGCCUGUUUGAUUUUUCUAUUACUCAAUUAAGUAAGGUGGAUUUGCAACACCCAAGGGAGAUAAAUUAUCCAUGUCUGGUAGGAUUAAGUGAAGUUUCGUCUCGACACAUGUACACUAUAAACCUGACCGUUGUUCCAUUUGCAACGGUUACCAACUAUUACGUUACGACUUACAGCUACGUUAACGACUACAAAUGUAUAACAGCGUCCGCCAUUGCUGUUUUACAGAACACCAUUCAUGUCGUUUUUGACGCCUCCUCAGGAGCCAGUCACACGGUCCGACUUUAUAAAAACAGCAAUCCUAUAGCAUCGUUUAACACAUCCAGUAAUCAGUAUGAAUUCAGCGUUCACGAUCCGGGUGAAUAUCAAGUAGGGAUCAGACCUAUCCCAUACCAACGAACAUGUCAAGAAAUGUCGACGGAGUCGAUUUCGUUUCCAGCGAAAGAGAAGAACUUGGAUGGGGAUUCUAGUGAAAAUAUCUCCAAAAUUGUGUUUUCUGUGGUCGCCCUGAUUUCUCUGUGUUUAAUUACCGGGAUAAUACUUGUUAUUCGAAAAUUACAUGUUAUUAGAAAAAAUUACCACAGAAAACGCGCCGAACGUUCUAACGAUUAUACUUGCCAGGCAAUGAUUCCUCUAGAACCAAAUAGAACCGUCAGGCCACCGAAACAAUCUGGUGAGGUUUUUCAGAGGAUGACAAAUGUUCUCGAUGCAAUGGCCCGUGAAAAUUAUUCAACAUCCGAUGAGGGAGACAGUGAGUCCGAUAUAUUACCUAGAGGUUUUGAUUUCAUUCCGUACAAUAAUUGAAAUUUAAUCAAAUAAAGUAAUUCUAAAACAUUGUUGAUUGGAUUAAAUUUUAUAGGAAAUCUGACGAAGGUGACCGCAUGUGCCAUGGUGAUUGGAGUGAAAUUUAUAUGAUGAGGGUGACCAUGUGUGCCAAAUAUUCGUUCCGUACAAUUGGUGAAAUUUUCAGAAAAAACAUUAUAUUUGUGUAUCGUUUUGUUUGAGAUAUAUUGGGCCUGACAUUGAACAAAGUAACCAUAGUUACCAUAAAUAUGUCUACAUCUGUCUCAAAAUGUCAAACGCCUUCGCAUUGUCAUUGUUAUUCUACAUAACGUCUGGCACUGAUACGAAUUUGACAUGUUGCCGUCUUACUGCCCUGGGGAUCACGUGGCUAAGUGGGUAAGACGCUAGCUCGCUAGCCUGGAGGUCGGGUGUUCGAUCCCUGCAUUGGCCGAGAAAGUUCAUCCAGAUUUUCCGGCGUGGUUCUCCCUUGUCAGUGAUGCAGGACGGAGGGGCUGACAAGGAAAGCUGUCUAGUCGUUCGGAUGGGACGAAAAACCGAGGUCCCGUGUACAGGAUUCCUUUACAUUCACGCAAACGUAUACACGCGUCCUCGGUUUUUGUCCCAUACGAACGACUGGACACUUUCUCUUACCAAUCUCCCAUUCUUCACCACUGACAAGAGGAAAACACGCUGGAAAAUGACGAGGAACUCAUACUAUGUAUUAUAAUUGUGAGUGCCCCCUAUAGAAGAACAAUGUAUUAUAAUUGUGAGUGCCCCCGAUAGAAGAACAAUGUAUUUAAACUGUGGGUGACCCUAAUAGAAGAACCACGCAUUAUAACUGUGGGUGGCCCGAAUGGAAGAACAGUGUAUUGUAAUUGUGAGUAACCUUAAUAGACAAGCAAUGUGUCAUAAUUAUGGAUGACCCAAAUAGAAGAUCAAUGUAUUUUAACUGUGAGUGACCCUAAUAGAAGAACAAUGAAUUGUAAUUGUUUGUAGCAUCGUAUUAGAAUUGUUAAUGACCCUAAUAGGAGAACAAUGUGUUGUAAUUUUGGGUAACCCUAAUAGAGGAGCAAUGGAUUAUAAUUGUGAGUGACCCUAAUGUAAGUACAAUGUAUUAUAAUUGUGGGCACUCCUAAUAAAAGAACAAUGUAUUGGCGAACCUAAUAGAAGAACAAUGUAUUAUAAUUGUUUGUCCUCCUAUUAGAAGAACAAAGUCUUAACCCUGAAGGACUUACAGUGUAUUAUAAUUUAUUGUGAGGAUCUUUAAUAUAAGAAUGCAUUUGUCUCGGCAAUUAACUUAUAUCUGUUAAAUAACACUUUAAGUUAAAUUGACGUGUAAAUUUCAGUCUGAUUAAAACACAGAUCCUAUUUCGUUUCGUUUUUUUUAUAGUUCAAAAUUUCGUUUUACUUAUCUUUACUAGUAUCUGGAAGAGUUGUUAUCAUUGACGUGUUCUGGCUGAUGUGAGGGAUUAGCCAAUGAAACGAUCUGUUACGGCGUGCUUUUAACGUGAGCUACACGGAACUGUGGGUAAUCCACUAGAAACAUCAAUGCUGAUUGGUUAAUCACAUAUCUGACGUCAUAGGGUCAAAAGCGACCACCCAAAACAACUGGUCAGAUCUUCAUGUAGUGUAGGUCAUCGAAAGUAUAAAAACGGAACGAAAUAAAGAUCUGUAUUUUAAUCAGAUUGUGUAAGUUUUAGUCCAUUAAAUAAAUAAACCAAUAAGAUCACGUAGGCCUAUAUUUCAAAAUGAGGAAUAGCUAAUUUGGUACGAAUACAGUUUUUAGAAAGCCUUGCACACGAAAUUAACCAGUUUGUUUUUCAAUAAGAGAUGUCCGAGACUGCUUCUUUCAUUAGCAUUUAACCUUAUUUAACUUAAAAGUCCUAGACCGCACACUUUGAAUAAAUAGGCUAAAUAGGCUAUAUCUUUAUAUUUUGGCGUUAUGUUAAAUCGAAGUCAAAUGUUACUUUAACUUAAAGGAGCUAAAUCUCAAUUCUUUGGCAACUAGUAAUGGACACAAAUGGGCUGUAACGCAUAUAUCAAUGUAAUAUGAAUGUAUAUAAACUUUAAUUAAAUGUCACUUCAAUUAAAUGUUACUUUUGAUUAAAUGUUACUUUUGAUUAAAUGUUACUUUAAUUAAAUGUUACUUUAAAUUAAGUGUUAUUUUAAGUAAAAUGUAAGCAUAAGUUACAUC